AAAGGUACAUUGCAGAACACGGACACUUUGUACGGUCUGGCAAAAAGUUUGUUAUGCAGAUUUACAGAUGAUACAUUUAAUGUGGACAAUGCAGUCACUAUUGGUGUAGAUUUUAAAAUGAGAAAAAUAACUGUUGAUAAUAAUAAUAUUAAGCUAGCUUUAUGGGACACAGCUGGACAAGAAAGGUUUCGUACACUCACUCCAAAUUAUUACCGCGACGGUCAAGGUGCUGUACUUGUUUAUGAUGUUUCAAACCGAGAUUCAUUUACAUGUUUAGAAACGUGGAUUAAUGAACUUAAUAGAUACUCUACCAAAACUAAUAUUAUUAAAAUGGUUGUUGGUAACAAAAUUGAUAUGGAAAGACAAGUUACUCGAGAAGAAGGUAUUGCUUUUGCUCGUCGCCAUCAAACAUUAUUUAUUGAAACUAGUGCUAAAACCAAAGAAGGCGUUUAUAUGGCUUUUGAAGAAUUAGUUAGAAAAAUAAUAAAUACACCAAGCUUAUGGGAAAAGCUUGAAGAUGCCAAUGUGGUUCGGUGUAAUGAUGAUCAUUCAGCAUCGGAGCAAAAUUAUUGUUAUUGUUGACUAUUUAAUUGUUAAAAUAUUUAUGUAAGGUUAUAUUGUGUUAUUGUACAACUAGUCUAAUACUUUGUUGGUAUAUGGUAUAUUAUUUGUAGCAUAGAAUGAAUAUGCUACAGAUGUCUCAGUAUACAUAUAAAAGUAAUUAGAACAUAUUUAAUUUUGUUUUGUAUUAUUGCACUUAAAAAUAAUUUUAAGGUUACAUUUUUGGUUGUAAAAAAUUAUCAUAUUAAAUGCUAUGGAUUACUAAUGAAACAUACAUAUAUUAUUGUAAUUGGUUACUUAUACCUCGGAAUAAUAGUUAUUCUGUGCUUAUACUAUUGAUUAUAGAUAGUACUAUCUAUAAUCCAUUAAUAAAUAUCAUGUAUACUAUAUUAUGUAAUAAUAAAUAAUAAUUUACUAAA